CUCAAUCCCUCCUUCCCAGUCAUCUGUCUCUCUGCUCCUGGAGCUCAUACAAACCUGAUUACUUAUAAGAUGCUAUCACUACUCUGCCAAUCCCUCCUGGUCUUCCUAGCGCAGCAGUAUCUCUGCAGGGCUCAGAACCACCAUGGGCAGCUGCUGGCUCCGCGGGAGAGCAGGGCUGUUGUUGAGAGACGGCAGUUCUGCCACUGGCCCUGUAAGUGCCGGGCCAAGCCUCAAUGCGCUCCGGGGGUCAGCUCCGUGCUGGACGGGUGCGGCUGCUGCAAGAGCUGCGCCCGUCAGGUCGGGGACGCGUGUAACGAGAGGGACGUCUGUGACCCACACAAGAGCAUGUACUGCGACUUCUCGGCAGACAAGCCCCGCUUCGAGGUCGGAGUCUGCGCCUACAUGAUGGCUGUGGGUUGUGACCUGAAUGGAGCUCACUACGACAAUGGCCAGGCCUUCCAGCCCAGCCCCUUGUACAAGUGCACAUGCAUCGCAGGAGCCAUCGGCUGCACCCCUGCCUUCGUCCAGAAACCCGCUGGGCUCCAAGGCCCCGCUCCCCUGAUGGGCAGCAUGCCGACUGGGCUCCGCAGCUCCCAGGACCCCAGGAAGAACCAGCAGGAUACAAGCUACAUAGCCAUGCCAGCUUACAGGGAUCCUCCUUUAGCCUGGAAGAAGAACUGCCUGAUCCAGACCACUCCAUGGAGCCCCUGCUCCAAGACCUGCGGCCUGGGCAUCUCGAUCCGCGUCAACAACGACAACGGCAAGUGUGAGAUGAGGAAGGACCGGCGUCUGUGUCUGCUGCGGCCGUGCCAGCAGAGCCAGCUGAAGGCCAUGAAGGGGAAGAUUCCAAAAGGUAAGACGUGUCGGCCCAAGUUCCAGGCUAAGAAAGCAGAGAAGCUGACUCUGUCUGGCUGCACCAGCAUCAGGAAGUACCGCCCCACCUACUGUGGCGUCUGCAAAGACAAGCGUUGCUGCGUCCCCAAUAAGGCCAGCAUGGUGACAGUCAGCUUCAGCUGCAAAGGGGGCACCAACGUUCGCUGGAAGAUGCAGUGGAUCACUUCCUGUGUGUGCCAGAAGAAAUGCAACGACCCAGAGGACAUGUUCUCAGAGCUGCGGUUCCUCUAGAACUCUCCGGGCUUGAUCGAUGCUUGAUCCAAGCCUUAAGUAGACUAACCUGGGCCUGGCCUCAGGACCCCGGCGUCAGUAAUGGAGGUCUGGAGAACUGGACCCGAGGCGUGGUUUGGUUGUCCUCCUGAAUUAUGCCAGUGUUCUCAGGCUGACAGUGUUCCAAGAUGGAAAGUACAAAAAAAACAUAGAACCUCAACGAAGUGUGUGCACAGAAAGAUAAUUAGGGAAGUGGAGUUAAG